AUGAAUGAUACAACUGGGUAUGUUAAUCUUUUGUAUAGUCAAUGUUCAGUUGACCUUGAGUCACCCGAACCUGCUUGGUUCGGUAGUCAAGGUCCUGGUGAGUCUCCUGUCGAGUCUGGUGUCGAGCCCACUAUCAAGGAGAGGAGGAAAUGGUCCCCUAGAGAGGAUAAAAUCUUGAUUAGUGCGUGGCUUAACACCAGCAAAGACGCUGUAGUCAGCAAUGACCAGAAAGCCCAAAAUUUCUGGAAGAGGAUUUUGGACUACUACAACGCAAGCCCUCUCCUUGUUGGGAUAUUACCUAGAGAGCUUCGCCAGUGCAAGCAGAGGUGGGCUAGGAUUAACGAGCAAGUGAGUAAAUUCGUAGGAUGCUAUGAUGCAGCUUUGAGGGAGCAGAGAAGUGGCCAAAAUGAUGAUGAUGUGAUGAAAGCUGCCCUCGACAAUUUCUGUGAUGCUUACGGUUACAAGUUCAAUCUUGAACAUGGGUGGAGGGAGCUGACGAAUGACCAGAAAUGGUGCUCAACCUAUGUUUCUAAAGACGGUGGGAAGGACAAGUGA